CGCGCGAGGCCGGUGCGUGGGGGCUCCGCGGGCGGGGACGGUCCCUGCGUGGGCAGGGCCAGGGGAAGGCGACGCCCGCCAUGAGCUCGUCGGCGCUGCUGGCUGAGGGCCCCCUCGACCCCCCGGUGCUGCUGGCCGACAUCAAGACGGAGCCCCCCGAGGAGCUGCUGGCCAGCGACUGCAGCCAGCCCCAGGCCGAGCCCGUCGAUCUCUCCCUCAAUAAAUCCAAGGUGGCUCCGGCCUCGGCCCCGCCGCCACCGCCUCCCACCUCGGUCCAGUCUUCCCCCAUGCUGGUGGCUCCCCCGCUUCCCGCUCCCAGCACCGUGUCCAUCCCGCCCUCCGGUCUCAGCUCCACCUCGGCCAUCCCGGCUGUCCUCUCACCCGGCUCCAUCCUGGCCUCCACGCAGGGCAGCGGCGGGCAGCAGAUCCUCCACGUCAUCCACACCAUCCCCUCCGUCAACCUGCCCAGCAAGAUGGGCAACCUGCAGACCAUCCCCGUGGUGGUGCAGUCCCUCCCCGUCGUCUACACCACGGUGCCCACGGACGGCGUCACCGCCAUUACCGUGCCCCUCAUCGGGGGGGACGGCAAGAACGCUGGGUCUGCUUUCCUUUCCCGGACCCCUCCAGUGAAAAUGGACCCUGGCUCCGUGUACCCCAUGGACAUGAACAGCGACAGCGAGGACAGCGCCUCUGAGAGCGGCCCAGCACCUUUCCAGGACCUGCAGAGAGACUCUCCCUGCUCCCGCAGGCCGGCCGUGCGGGGCCCCAGAGCCGAUUCCCCGGACCUGAAGAAGCGGCGCAUCCACCAGUGCGACUUCGAGGGCUGCAAUAAGGUCUACACCAAAAGCUCCCACCUCAAAGCCCACCGGAGGAUACACACAGGCGAGAAGCCCUACAAAUGCACGUGGGAAGGCUGCACCUGGAAGUUCGCCCGCUCGGACGAGCUGACCCGGCACUUCCGCAAGCACACGGGCAUCAAACCCUUCCGCUGCUCGGACUGCGACCGCAGCUUCUCCCGCUCCGACCACCUGGCCCUGCACCGCCGGCGGCACGUCAUGAUGUGAGCAUCGUGAGCGGCGCCCGCCGCGCCGGGAGCCGGCGGCGCCUCCCUCCCUCCACCCAUCCACACCCCGCGGCUCCUGCGGGGCGGGGCGGGACUGCGGGAGCGCCGGGGCCGAGCCGUGCUCGCUGCAGGAGCUCCGCCGGCACGGCACGGGACAGCAAACAAUGGAUUCUGGACUGCUGCCCCCUUCUUGUUCCUAGCUGGUUUUAUUCCUGGGUUUGUCCUCGCCUGGAGGCUCCUUGACUCAUCACCUGGAAUUCACCCAGCAGCUGCCUCAGGCUCUUCAGCCUCCUGCCCGUUGUUGUCCCCAGUGUGCUCCCUGUCCCCUGCCCCUCCCAGUGCCCGGGAACCGUGGCAAGGACGGGGCAGCUGAGGGGCGAUGGAGGAGCUGAUGGCCAUUCCUGCUCUAUCCCCAGACUGUCCCAGCAGGAGAAGGGACAUCACCUCUCUGUGUGUCCCUCAGCACAUGCUGGGCUUCAUGGGAAGUGCUGGGUGCACGGAGAGCCAGGAGGAAAAGAGGAAUCAAGAAGGGGGAAAACACAACCCAACAGUGACCCACAAACACCAUCAGCACCACACAAAGGGAAAACUUUGUGCAACAUGGAACUUUUAUUUUAUGGAAUUCUACAAGGGGGUGGGACAGGGUGGGGGGGAUGAGGGCCAGCAGCUCUCGGGUUUUUUGAAAGACUCUGGGCCACUUGAAAUGUUUCUAAGUUAAACCAGCGGCUGUGGCCACACGCUUUGCUUUUUAA